UUAACUAACUGUUCUGUGCCCUUGAAAGUUGCUGUACUGUGUGAGGAACCUGUCAUUAAACUAGAACUAAAUGUUGAACGUGUAUCCUUUGUGCCCUGCCUCGUUCCCUCCUCCCCUCGGUGUUCGGUAUGGGCCGCUGUGAGUGACUGGUGCCCGUGUGGUUGUUCUCGGGGAACACGCCGCCUGCCUGCUCGUGGAUGGUGUGUGGUAGGGGGGUGGCGUAACACUAUUGAAAAGCAAAGUGUGUGAAUAAGAAGAAGAGAGGACCAAGGGGAGGAGGACCUAAGAAGCGAUACAAAGCGUUACAGGUCAAAAGAAGAAGAUAAGCUGGCAUCUUUUUUCGAGGUAUGGAACUGCUCUAAUUUCAAAACAACCAGCACCCUCCACGACAGUUGUCAUCCGUCGGCAAUCAACCACGGCCGUCGAAUAUCCAUCUCAGCAACAUCUCAACAAGGUCGUUUCGACGUCAGCAAUGGUCGGCCUUUAAGAGGAUCAACUUACGAUGGUCGCAAGUCAUGGCAGUCCACUAUGUACUCCAUGGUGGUGUUUGGGGCCACCAUGGUGGUCAUCUUCUGGGCCAGCGUCUUCCUCUACACCUCCUUCUACUUCACCUUCAUGCCGGAGGAGUCCAUCACAUGGCCCAUUCACUUCCAAUUCAGGUCCUGCGGCAGUGAACCAGGCAUGUGCAGCAACCCAAGUGCCAUCAUCCCAGUGCUAGACCCAGUUCGUGGCUCCCUGCUUGUGCGGGGUCAAAAGUACCGCGUUGUAGUGGACGUGGAUAUGCCUGAGUCACCUGUCAACAAGCAAUUAGGUAAUGCAUCUCUCAGACCAGGCAUGUUUUUGCUACACAUGGAAAUGAAGAGUCAGGGAGGUGAGACACUAAGGCAGUCAUCUCGGUCAUCAAUGCUACGUUACAAGUCACAACUCCUGCAUGUUCUGUCCACCUCCCUGUUUGCCCCUUUCCUGCUCUCUGGCCUACAGGAGGAGAAACAAGAGGUCACAAUUGAGCUGUUCUCCCAGUAUGAGGAGGACCCACUAGUCCCCGUGUCUGAGGUACAUAUCGAGUUGGCAUCACGCCAUGUUGAGCUUUACUCAGCUCAGCUUCGCAUACAUGCCAUGUUCUCGGGUCUGCGUUACUUCAUGUUCUACUACCCACUAAGUGCAGCAUCUGUUGGGAUCGGCAUUUGUAUGGUUUUCCUGUCAACUGUGGUCAUCCUAAGUUGGUACCAGUUCUCUGCCCCUUCCACGCUGUCUCCUAUGCAACCAAUGAUGAGUGCAAUGUCCUACCCCAACCACACUGCCUCAGUCCUUAAUGGCAUCAGUGGCCCAGUACCAAGCAAGAAGUUGGAUGAAGACGAGGACAUGGAAGUGGAGGUGAGGGGUGUUGCUAUGAGUGAACUGGAACCAGAGAACAAAUGUACUAAGAACGAUGAUUUCAAGCCUACUGACCCGCAGAGUAAGGAAACAAGAGAGACUCCUGACCAUGAGAAAUCUGAUGGUGAUGACUUUGAGGUGGUAAACUCCAAAGAAAAGGGAGUGGUAAGGGAAGAAGGUGAGGCAGUUUCAGCACCUAGCACGUGUGAUGAGGGGGACAGUGUGCUGCGACAACGGAUCCAGAGUGUGGAGUAGGCACAGCAGUGUGUGUAUGUGUGUGGGGAGAGGCAGUUUUAGGUACAAGUGCUACAUGUAAUCAUUUGAGGAUCCUUUCUGUUUGUGCCCCAAAAUGUUUAUAAUAAGAAAAUAAUCUUCAUGUUUCAAGGUUAAGUACCCUAUGUAAACACAGGAUGGGCCCUAAAUCAUCUUACCAUUUAGUGACCCAAAAGUAGACUAAGGGCCGCUUUCACAGUAGUUUUGUUUGUUUUGAUCGUUACCAAUGGCGCCGAUCGACGCUAUAGUUUUCCACGUGAAACUGACUUAUGGGGCAGUGGCGGCUGCAGAGGAAGCGAGAGGUGUUGAGAGUGUGUGGUAAGGUGCGGGGCUAGGCUAACCCCGCAGCCGCCACUACCCCAUCAGACAGUUUUAAGUGGAAAUUCUAAAGUGGCGAUCGUCGCCUGGUAAUGAUCAAAACAAACAAAACAACUGUGAAAGCGGCCCUAAAACUGACACUGUAUAUGUUUGUGUGCAUGUGUAGUUCUUUGUGUGCAUGUGUGUGUAUGUACAUUUGUGGGGGUGUGGCUGACUCGCAUGCCUUGCUCAACACAGUGUGAGUGUAGGGUGGACGGUGUUAGAAAGUAGUAUACUUGGUAGGUACCAUUUCAGUAUCACAAAUAUUGGAAUUGAAAAACAUUGGAACUGUCAAUACCAUUACCAGUCUCUGGGAAAGGAAAUACGUACAGCAAUAACAAUUAACAAGUAUUUCCUAGGGGAUAAAUCUGCAUAGGGCAAGACUCUUGUUGCCAAAUGCAACUUAGUGUUUGCUUGGGGGGUGGGGGGGUCAUCAAAGGGAAGAAUAUGGCCACCAAUGAGAAUUAGGGUAGUGAUUGAUUUGAGUUGCCAAAUGGGAAUUCGCCAAACCCAGACACACCAAGUGCAAGACUUUACUGUACAUAUAUCUGUUACUGAAACCAAAUCAAGAAAACUACAACAUAUAUAAUAUCAAUCAAUUUAAUAAUCCUGGCUGUUGAUGUACGCCAGAUCAAAAACAAAUAUGUAAAACUGUUAGCAAAGCAAACUAUUCUGAAGAGAAGGUAGCACACAGCAGGAUGCUCACAAAAACAUGGAAUGACAGUUCCCAAAUUUCAUCUUUGAUGGCCAAUGGGAGUACCUGGUGGUACUGUUACUUAGAUGUUGGUGCCAGAAUCAGUGCCAUUAAACAGGUCCUCAGUGUACUAGUAGCAUCUCUGAUGAAAAAACAAACACAUACACUUCCUCAACAGAGUAUGGAUAUGUAUCAUAGGACAGGAGGAGGCUAAGAAUAAGGACCUUGUUGGCUAUGUAAUGUUUGUCUGCCAAUUCUUAGAUUCUGUAGCCAUUUAUAUAGAUUCCUGUACAUAGCAUUUAUAAAUUGAAGUGGUGGAGGAUUGCAGUGUCACAGUUACAUAAAGAAUCCAGUCAGGGAGCCAAUGGUAUUCUGGUAAGUGCCUUGUUGCUUUAAUAAUGUUUACCUGUCAAUCUUCAUCAUCAUCAUUUCAUGGAUGCCUGCUCCUAGGAGCCCCCACCAGGGGAUGGCCACGGCAGAAGAGUUUCCAACUUUCUCUAUCCAGACACUCCCUCCUUGCCUGCUCAAAGUUUCUCAAAGAUCUUUCCCCCCUCUCCCUAACGUACUCCUGCACCCAAUCUCUCCAUUUCACUGGAGGUCGUCCUCUAGCAUUCCCUCCCUCUAUCUCACUCACACACACCCUUCUGGUCAUCUCACUCUCCUCCAUUCGCUCCAUGGGGCCAAACCACUUUAAAGCCUGUCGCUUCACUUCUUCCCUUCACCCCUGUGACACAUUCCAAAAUGCUUGUACACACUUUCAUUACUCAUUCCAUCCAUUUUACUCACACCACAAGCACUCCUCAAAUAACUCAUUUCCACUGCCUGCACUCUAGACCUCUGACUUUCAUUCCAGGCCCACGUUUCACUUGCAUAUGUGAGGGUUGGUACUAUUACAGUAUUUCUCAAAUCCCUUUUUACUUACCUCCAUGCUCACACUUCUGCCAUUCAUGAUUCGUCCCAAAGACCCUACCACCCUUCUUCCUUGCAAUGCCCUUUCUCUUAUCUCUCCCUCCAUACCACCAUGCUUACACAUAACUGAUCCAAGGUACUUAAAAUCAUUAACCUCCUCCAUUUCUUCACCAUUCAAAAUUAUUUUGCAUUGGAAUGGAGGCAUUCAUUCCACAUACUUUUUCUACUCAUGUUAAAAAGCCUUGGUUUAAUCAUGCUUGUUCUCGUGCUGUCGAAGAUAGAGAGACAGCUCACAAAAGGUACCAGAGCCUUCGCACUCCUGCUAACCAUGAUCUUUACAUUUCUGCCGGAAAUCAUGCAAAAUCUCUUCACUGACUUACCAAAAAUUCCUUUAUUAAUAGAAAAUGCCAAACUCUUGCUUUUUCUAAUUCUUCCCGGGACUUCUGGCAUCUAGCCUAAAACAUCUCCAACUUCACCUCUUCAUCUUUCCCUCCUCUCCUUAGUCCUGACGGCAACACCGCUGUCUCAUCUAUCUCUAAGGCUGAACUCCUCUCUCAAAUUUUCUCUAAAAACUCCACUCUACGGGGGUACAGCCAAUGUUUUGCUGGCAACACCUCCAUAGGUUUAUGGCGAUGACCAUUCCUGAGCUUCCUAUGGGUAAUCCUGCCAGGUGUGGGUGGACAGAGUGUUCACAAAGUUACGGUUGUGGUGCUGUUGCACUACAGACCAUUUUAAAGCAUCACUGUAGGACAAGUAACAACUUCCCAGUAUGAAAACAUCAUCAUCAUCAUCAUUAGAAACAAGUGAAACAAUGCCAUUUGUCAAUAUUUUGUAGAGAAAAAAAGACAUUUUAAGAAACAACGUCGCAUGCAGUGACACUAAGUAGCUACUGAAAUAUUCCUAAUGAACUGUUGAUCCCUUAACUGUGACUAAAUUAACGCAUGUUGUCUUUGAUGAGUGACAAAAUGAGAAAUAGUGUUCGUUCAUCCAAUCAUAUGGACAAGAUAGAGUGCUCUGGUGGAUUAUGGGAGGGAGGUUAAAAACAGUCUCAAGAAUGGGGUGUCGUUCAAGAAGGCCAUAUAUCGCCAGAUGACGCCUUAGGGUUGCAAACUUGCCACCCUUUCCUUAAAAUAUGUAUAUAACGCCAUUUGUUCCGUAUUUGCCUGACUGAAUGGUUAAACAGAUAAAAUUCAGUGUUUUAAAAAUGUAGUGAACACAUUUUUUGGUGAACCACAAAACCAGUCUUUAAAAUUAUGUUUCUCAAAGGUCAUCCGGAAAUACGUAUAAAAUACACAUUGUAACGUCUCUCGCCCCUUCCUCUUUCCUUCACCAGCAGCGGGCAGCGGCUGUCAGUCAUGGCAGGCCAGAGAAAUUUUAGGGUUGCCAUCCGGUCCCUAAAAUAUGGAUUCAUUUUGUAUUGGAGGAUGGAAUGUUGCAUUCCUUAUUUAUUUUAGAUCAAGGUAGAAGCCCUAACUGAGACUCUUCCCAUUAUUUUCUGCUCUGAGCACUCGUCUUACAGUGAAAAAAGGGAACUCACGCUAACGUCUUCCAUUUGUACAAAGAGACACGCCAGUCCUUGUCGAAAGACCAACUUGGUUGGCUUGGCUGACAUAAGCCGAUAGAGUCAGUCUAUUGGCAUCAUCCCCUCCCCUUCAUGAGCUGUCACUUCGAGGACAUACGUGCUAGACCAUGACGGCCUCCUUAUAGCCCAUGUCCCCACCCGGGGGUUGGCGAUAAAAAAAAGGAACAAGCAGGAUGCUCGUAUACCAAGUCACCACUCGUAAACCAAGGCAUUUUUUGUGAAGAUUUUUUGCUCGUAAAUCAAAACGUUCAUAAACUAAGGCACUCGUAAACUGGGGUUUGACUGUAGAGUUAACAAGGCUUGCCAAAGUGCCGCAGAGUCUGCCAAGUCAGGCAAGACAGUGAAUGUAAACAAGACGUUGCCAUAAGUGUGGUCAGUGUCACCUUUUCUUCAUCUUCUUACCCUCUAUGAAUGUUGCAUUCAACUAUGAUUGCUGUUCUGGCAAAGGGUCACCUUUAAGAACUGAUGAGGGAAUGUUGUAAAGGAGCUUUUGUGUGGGAUGCCAAUUUGUUGUGCUCAGCUGAUCCACUGUUCCAUUUGGUUCAUCCCGUCACCCAUGGGUCAACUGACUGCAGGUGUGUGAUGUUGCCCCUGUAGCUCUGCUCAUUCCUGUCAACCCUGAGGACUUACUGGGUUUAGUCAUCAUGAACUGCUGUAAUAUGAAAGGAGCGAGUUGCUGAGGCUGCUGUGCAUCUGGUUGCGCAGGAGGGCAGCGACGGUGGUGGCAGCGGGGCAGGCUCUUGAGUGAGAUGACACACUCCCAAUUCCUAAGUUCUUUAUUCAAUAGAGAGCACAUUCAAAGUAUUAAAUGGCAUUUUUUUGUUGUCUUUGCCUACUAUAGUCGGUUCAUCCGAGUCUGAAGUGUGCAUUAUCGCGCAACGGCAACCUGCAGCCACACGGCGUGUCCGAUUUUGUGGAUACUGUAUGCUAGCCUACGCAUAGUAAACAGUCAUCAAUGUCAAUAAUAUGCAGGCAGCAAUAACAAAUACUGUCAAUUAUAAUAAUAGUCGAUUAUGAGUUAAAAAAAUAUUAGUAACAUCACAAAUAGCUGUUUUGUUGAUUUACAAGAUCGCUGAUUAUGGUUAUUAAACAACCUUUAAGCUGUUCACCACCGAGAUAAUUAGCAGGCUUUAUAUUAAUAAAACAGCUGUUUGCUACAUUACUAAUAUUUUUUUUUACUCAAAAUCGACUAUAAUUGACAGUAUUUGUUAU